GGAAGAUCACAGCCGAACUUUGCUCUCUGAGGUGGGGCUCCCAAGGGCUCCCGCGAGACCUGCCAGCACCACGGUUGUGUCCACCCACUGCUGAGCGGCUCCAAACUGGACACCACGGUCCUGCGAGAGACCCCGCCCGGCCAGUGCCCGCCUGCCCACCACCUCCGGUCCAGCCCGGACUCGCCCACUGCUGCCUUGCCCCACGCUGGCCCCGCACGCCACGGGUCGGCCACGGGUGGAUGCCGCGAUGCUGCAACCGUCACCGACUUGUGCAGUGGCGAUGUCCCCGAGGUGGAGAUCAUCAGCCUGCUGGGCGAGCAGCUGCCCCGCUACACACUGCGGGCUGACACCAUCUUCGGCUACGACCACGACGACUGGCUGCGUGCCACCCCCGGCCCCCCGGAGCCUGCGGCCCCCCUCACCCCCCAGCAGAUCGAGGAAACUCUGCAGUACUUCGUCCUGUGCGCUGAGCGGGUGGUCAGGAUCACGAAGACCUACCACGACAUCGAUGCAGUCACCAACCUGCUGGACGAGAAGGAGCGGGACCUGGAGCUGGCGGCACGCAUUGGGCAGUCCCUGCUGAAGCAGAACCGGAGCCUGACUGAGCGCAAUGAGCUCCUGGAGGAGCAGCUGGAGUUGGCCAAAGAGGAGAUUGCGCAGCUGCGCCACGAGGUCUCUAUGCGGGACGACCUGCUCCACUUCUACACCACCACAACAGAGGAGAGCGAGCCCACCUCCGCCACCUCCACGCCGCUGCGCCGGAACGAGUCCUCGCUGUCCCUGCAGCAGUACUUCCAGUACGACACCUUGCAGCAGAAACUCAAGUGCCUGGAGGAGGAGAACCAGAAGCUUCGCAUGGAGGCCACCAGCAUUGCAACCGAGACCUGUCAGUACGAGGACCAGGAGCAGCAGCUGAUGAUUGACUGCGUGGAGCAGUUCUCUGAAGCAAGCCGGCAGGUCGUCUACCUCUCCGACGAGCUGGCCCGCAAGGCGGAGGACACGGCGCGGCAGCAGGAGGAGAUCAGCCAGCUCCUGGCGCAGGUCGUGGACCUGCAGCAGAAGUGCCGCACGUAUGGCUCGGAGGUGGAGGAGCUCCAGCAGCACCUGGCUGUGGCGAAGGAGGUGCAGCAGCAGCUCAGAACAGAGCUGCGGGACCUGCAGGAGAAGUACGCCGAGUGCGGCGGGAUGCUGCAGGAAGCCCAGGAGGAGGUCAAGAGCCUGCGCAGCCGUAGCCUGCCCAACAGCACUGUCAGCCGCUACGGCGCGCCCAGCCUCCUGCCCGUGGACUCGCUGGCAGCUGAGAUCAAGGGGACGAUGAGGAAGGGGACAGAGAGCUCCUCCUCAGACUACAAGACCUACCUGCGUGUCUUUGAGACGGUGAAAGCUGUGAACCAGGCAGCCAAAGCCAAGUCUUGCUCCGAGUCUCCCCACAACUUGCCGGGCUCCAAGCAGUUGUCAGCUGCUCCCUCUGGGGGGGCCAGCACACCCUGCACCAGCUGCUCCACCUUGGAGGGCGCCCAGGGCGAGGGGGCCGGAGAGGAGCCGCGGGCAGCCCCGGGCCAGCAGGACCUGGAGGCGGCAGUGCAGCGGCUGUCGGUGCGGCAGCAGAGCCAUGCCUCGGAGGAGCGCUCCUUCUUUGAGGCAGAGCGGGAGCACAAGCUGUGGCGGCUGAGGGACGGGGAGAGCUCCAGCGGUUUCCUCACCCCCAAUGAGAGCAUCAUCUCCACUGGGACCAACUACUCGGGGGGCUCGGAGCUCACCGCCGGCUCCAGCUUCUCCCUCGGCUCCCUCGCCUACCUGCCUGACAAGCUGCAGAUCGUGAAGCCCCUGGAAGGCUCCGUGACGCUCCACCACUGGCAGCAGCUGGCACGGCCCAACCUGGGUGGGAUCCUGGUGCCCCGUCCCGGGGUGCUCACCAAAGACUUCAGGCAGCUGGACACCGACCUGGAGGAGGUCUACAGCCUCAAUGACCUGGAGGAGGACGACGACGUGGACACCAGCUCCUUCCAGCUGCUCCCUACCUCAACACCUACCAAAGCCAAGGAGCGCCCCGGGGUGUUCCUCUCUGUUAACAACCUCCCCCAGACCCCGUCUACCUUCACCAUCACCACCUGCCACAUCCUCCACCCCACCACUGAGAUCACCACGGUGACACCCAGUCUGUAUAACGCCGUCGUGCCUUCUUGUGGGCCCCUUGAGGGGCUGAGCCUCUGCAGCCCCUCGCUGGAGCCGUCUUUCCCUGUGCUGGCACCUGGCCCCGGACCCCCAAGGACCCCCGUGGGACUCAUCAGGCUCUUGCUGGUGCAGGGCAUCUCUGCCUCAGUGCCAGGCACUCACCUGUGGUGGGCCCCCCCACUGCCCUCCCAGGACCCCCAGCAUGCUGACACCCAGCCCUUGCCUGCGGGCAGGGGACAGGAGAGACCCCCACCCAGGAGCAGCAUCUUCAGCUUGAACCUGGUGGAGAAGCUGCGGCGCCUGGGGCUGGACAAGGUGGUGGCCAGAGGGGAGAUGUCCUACACGCGGGGAGAGCACAGGGGAGCCCGGGGUGCACUGACGUGA